UCGCGCAGGCAAGUGCGCAGAAUCAAGAUUACUUGGCACAUGAUAUCGGGGGAGCUGUUCGAAAAAAUUGACACGCGUGCUUUAGUAGAUGAGCGGUAGCCUGUAGUGGCAACAAUGCCGGUGCGGUGCGGAGGCUAACGAGGUUUUUUUGGACGGUGCGGCGUGGAACGAAUGCCCGGCACGAUUCUGCUUACCAGCGCGCAAGGACUGCUGUCGCCCGGCAACUGGUUGCACGAUGAACCUCCGAGCAUUAUGCCUGACCACGAUUGUCCACGCUGCCUCCCUAGCCCGGGGUUACACCAUCAACAUCACCAUCAACGCAGUUGACAGCACGCCACGUUAUAUAAACUCUUAUUACUCAGCACCAUUCGCCUAUCGCCCCAUGCACCCCAUCUGGCGGCCAAAGCCUCCAACGCGGCCAUACUACCACCAUCGAUCGUACCAUCGGCCCCGAAACCCUUACUCUUACAAUUCGUACCGGCCUCGGCCAAAGACUCGUUACUACUACAAGCCUCGUUACCCUACACCACCUCUUCGGACGAUACCACGGCCCCCUCGGAGACCGUAUGGACCACCAGCAUACAGGCCACCGUACGAGACGGCGCCCUUCGUGGCGAAGCCGACACAGCACCUGGAAGCGGCGGUGCAGCUGAGGCCCCCCGCGGCGGCACCGCCGCCUUCCGCGAGGCCCCUGCUGGAGACCAGCGACGUGACCGAGGAAAGCGGCGUAGCGGCGGCGGCGGCCGCCCCGAAGCCCUCCUCGUCGGCGGCCUACCAGCCGGCGGCGUCGUCGGGCGGCCUCACCAAGUUCCUGCGGAGGCCUCCCUUCGCGCGCCCGGGAAGGACGGGCAGCGGCUCGGACGCCUGCUUCGGCGGCUCCCGUUGCACGUUCUUCCUGCACUGCUGGAUGGCCGGCGGCUCGCUGGGCUCCUCCUGCGGCCCGCUCCUCUCGUGCUGCAUCACUCCCUCGGACGCGGUGAUCAAGCCGCGCUACUACGGACCCGUCAAGAACGACCCCUACUGCGGCCGCAGUGGCGGUCGUAUCAGUCGUAUCGUGGGAGGCAAGGAGGCCGAGUUCGGCCAGUUUCCCUGGCAGGCGUUCAUCCAGGUGGCCGGCAGCCGGUGCGGAGGAACGCUCGUCUCUCGGCAGCAUGUCGUCACCGCCGGACACUGCGUUGCCAAGUACCAGUACAAUCCUUCGAGCAUCCGAGUAACGCUAGGCGACUACGUGCUCAACUCUGACGUCGAGAGCCUGCCUAGCGAGACGUUCGGCGUGCGCCAGAUCCGGGUGCACCCGGACUUCAGGUUUACGCCCCAGGCGGACCGCUACGACGUGGCCGUGCUGGUGCUGGACAGGCCGGUCACCUACCGGGCGAACGUGAUGCCCAUAUGCUUACCGCCAAAGGACGCCCAAUUCGUGGCUCGAGUCGCCGAGGCUGCCGGUUGGGGAGCCCUCGAACCUGGCUCCAAGGUGCGACCGCGCGUCCUCCAGCACGUGCACGUUCCAGUGCUGCCCAACGAGGUCUGCGAGAACUGGCACCGGCGACAGGGCAUCAACAUUCGCAUCCACGACGAAAUGCUCUGCGCCGGCUACGAGCGAGGCGGCAAGGACUCCUGUCAGGGCGACUCGGGUGGUCCGUUGAUGCUGAACGACUACGGCGUCUACUACCUGAUCGGCAUCGUGUCGGCGGGCUACUCUUGCGCCAAAAACUACCAGCCCGGCAUUUACCACAGGGUCAGCAGCUCGUCCGAUUGGAUAUCGUCCAACAUCUACUAGACCCCCUCAGUCAACGUUUGCAGACGGCACGCGCUUCUCAAAGCGGCGCGCGUGCGCAGUCGUCGAAAGAAACAAAUUUACAAGAAAAGCAAGGCUGCUGCGGUGCGUGCAGUUUCAACGACGAUGAUAUAAACCGGUGCGCUACGGACCAAUCUGCGUCACGUCCCAGACGUGAAGACAGUUUCGAAGGAGCAACGACUGCUGUGGUGCGAGUGGUUUAUCGUUCUUUUUUGCGCGAAGACGUUUCGGUGCGCGGCGCUGGUAAGCCGAUAGAGGGCGCUUCUCUGCACCGCGCGUGCGUGAUCUUCGAGACCUUCCUUGUGAGCACGCGCAGCGUUCGAGGAAAGUUGGCGUUGUUAUUUCGUUUUAACUGUUUUUUAAGUGUUUCGUCUCGUUCUAAUGUUGUUCGCAAUUUUUAGGCUUUAAAACGGUGGACUUAUUGAGAGCAGGAUUUUUUUUCUCCUCUAGGUCACAUUUCUUUGUUUCGAAAGAACCUGAGCUGCUGCACCACUCAGUGGCUCGCUUUCCUUGGCACAAGGAUGUAAAGGUCGCACCUUUCAGGAUUCCGUUUCGCCUUCUCUUUUAGCCCUGAAAAUUGCCGCGUAGAAAUCCGGGUGCUGUUUCUAUUGCUGGCCAAGCAGCGUCCUCAUUUUGCUUCCGCGACCCGGUUAUAUACUU